AUGGCCACUACCCAGCAGCUGCCCAUGCAGUCGCGCACCGGGCGCGUAAAUCAACGAUACGGUCCCCAAGGCGAAAGGCUUGUUGCAGGAGUGGUCCCGCUCUCCGCCGACAAGUACUAUGUGCUCCUCAUCCAGUCCACGCGACGCGGCGGAUGGGUCCUCCCCAAAGGCGGCUGGGAGCUGGACGAGGCGACAGCCCAGGACGCUGCCAAACGUGAGGCCUGGGAAGAGGCCGGCAUAGUAUGCAAGAUCAACUACGACCUCGGCCUGAUUGCUGAGAAGCGGAAACCCGAUCAGCUCACCACCCAAGCACCCAAGGCCUCCUACCACUUCUUCGAGGCCACCGUAGAGAAGCAGGAGGCGCAGUGGCCCGAGAUGCAUAAGCGCGAGAGGCGUUGGUUCAACUACAAGGACGCACGGCAGGCCUUGGCAGUGAGGCCCGAAUUGCUGGAUGCCCUGGAUCGAUGUACCAUGAUCCGCGGUUAG